GAUAGGAAAGCGAAAGAGGCGCGCUACGGAUUCUUUAUGAGGAGUUGGAGUAAAAGGGGUGCACAGUGGCGGCUCACUAGUGUUAUGCCAUGAGGGCUUUUGACGCCUCUUAUAUGGCAGGCGGCAUGGAUGCCUACGCCCUGCGGAACAAUGGCUCAGCAUCGAUGAGCCCUGGCACAGAAGUUCCACAGCCCUCUCCUCUUUAUGAAGAUCGCGAUUUGCACUUGAAUCAAGUGGAAGGCGGAGAGCUCGCCUUAAGGAUCUUCGGCGGAAUAAUAUGUUCUAUGCUAGUCUCAACGACAUUGACCGGCAACGUUUUAGUCUUGGUGGUGGUCACAAAAUUUCGUCGGUUGAGAUCCAUAACCAACGUGUUACUUGCCAGCUUAGCAACUGCGGACAUUACAGUAGCUUCACUAGUCAUGCCAUUCUUAAUCCUCUACGACCUCGACAGACAAUGGAGGUUCGGUCCAAUCGCUUGCCAUUUGUGGAUAUCCUGUGACGUCAUGUGCUGCACUGCAUCCAUUUUACAUUUGUGUGUUAUCGCUCUGGACAGAUACUGGGCCAUCACGAAACCGUUCCGAUAUCGAGCCCUAGUGUCACGAAGGCGAAUAGGACUUGUGAUCGCUUUCGUAUGGAUGUGCAGUGCCGCCAUAUCUUUCAUUCCUAUAUUUAUGGGAUGGUACAGUGACCAGCCUGUAAGUAUAUUUCAACCCAGUACUCAGUGUUCUCUGACUGUCAAUCACAUUUACGCCACCAUCUCUUCUAUGACGUCAUUUUACUUACCAUUACCCAUAAUGUUCUACGUCUAUUUUCGAAUAUUGAUGGUCGCUGAGCACCAAGCCAGAGAAAUCAAGCAACUGGAGCGAUCUUUGCAAGGCGUCAAUGCUCAAGGAAUGCGAAGGAGCUUAAGAAGGAGAUCCAAGCAGGUGGUGACAGACACGAAGGCGAUCAGGACAUUGGGUAUCGUCAUGGGAGUGUUUUGUGUGUGUUGGUUACCCUUCUUCUUAAUGUACGUUAUUCUCGCUUACUGUACAGAAUGUUACCUUAGUUACGAAAUUCGCAGUGCCAUUACAUGGUUGGGAUACUUUAACUCAUCCUUCAAUCCGUGCAUUUAUGCAUACUUAAACAGAGACUUUAAGGAAGCUUUUCGCGUUGUGCUUUGUUGCAGACGCCACAACGGCACAGGAAUGGACGAAACGAGUACAGGUGGUGGUAAAGGCUUCAAAAUGGACAGACUGAAUGCUGAGGCCAUCACACCAGAGGCAAGGACUCCAUGCCUAAGUCCUCAGAUUGACCAUGUGUCGUGGCCGUCUGGUGAAGUUACAUUUGACCCAAACCAGCAAUCUUCUCUUCUUACUGUACCAGGAGCUAAAAAUCACACCAAUGAGCACUUUCUAUGAGAACUUUUCCCAUGCUUUUUCCAUUCCAAAUUCACCUUUAAGAGCUUGUUAUUUCCUUAGAUGCACCCACAGUGGACCGGAUAAUUUAUGUUAUUAAUGGAAUUACACUUUCUAUAUAUAAGUGUUUUGAUGUUUGUUCAUUAUACGUGUUUGCGUCACCAUAUGUGGUUCACCGACAUAUUUUCCUCUGAGUGCAAUAAAUGAUAUCACUGUACUAAAUACAAGGAUCAUUUUCUUUUUCUUCGCAAGAAACUAUAUGUGUCUCUUCAUCAUUUUGCAUUUUUAAUAAAUGUGGAAAUCAUUGGAUAAAUACGGA